AUGCGCCCUGCUGCUGCCCGCGCCCUCGUGCGCCCUGCUGCUGCCCGCGCCCUCGUGCGCCCUGCUGCUGCCCGCGCACUCGUGCGCCCUGCUGCUGCCCGCGCCCUCGUGCGCCCUGCUGCUGCCCGCGCCCUCGUGCGCCCUGCUGCUGCCCGCGCCCUCGUGCGCCCUGCUGCUGCCCGCGCCCUCGUGCGCCCUGCUGCUGCCCGCGCCCUCGUGCGCCCUGCUGCUGCCCGCGCCCUCGUGCGCCCUGCUGCUGCCCGCGCCCUCGUGCGCCCUGCUGCUGCCCGCGCCCUCGUGCGCCCUGCUGCUGCCCGCGCCCUCGUGCGCCCUGCUGCUGCCCGCGCCCUCGUGCGCCCUGCUGCUGCCCGCGCCCUCGUGCGCCCUGCUGCUGCCCGCGCCCUCGUGCGCCCUGCUGCUGCCCGCGCCCUCGUGCGCCCUGCUGCUGCCCGCGCCCUCGUGCGCCCUGCUGCUGCCCGCGCCCUCGUGCGCCCUGCUGCUGCCCGCGCCCUCGUGCGCCCUGCUGCUGCCCGCGCCCUCGUGCGCCCUGCUGCUGCCCGCGCCCUCGUGCGCCCUGCUGCUGCCCGCGCCCUCGUGCGCCCUGCUGCUGCCCGCGCCCUCGUGCGCCCUGCUGCUGCCCGCGCCCUCGUGCGCCCUGCUGCUGCCCGCGCCCUCGUGCGCCCUGCUGCUGCCCGCGCCCUCGUGCGCCCUGCUGCUGCCCGCGCCCUCGUGCGCCCUGCUGCUGCCCGCGCUCGUGCGCCCUGCUGCUGCCCGCGCCCUCGUGCGCCCUGCUGCUGCCCGCGCCCUCGUGCGCGCUGCUGCUGCCCGCGCCCUCGUGCGCUCUGCUGCUGCCCGCGCCCUCGUGCGCUCUGCUCUGCCCGCGCCCUCGUGCGCUCUGCUGCCCGCGCCCUCGUGCGCUCUGCUCUGCCCGCGCCCUCGUGCGCUCUGCUCUGCCCGCGCCCUCGUGCGCUCUGCUGCUGCCCCUGCCGCUGA